AUGCAUUUGAGUCCUUCCACCCAAAAACGAGACUCUCCAAAUGAAAUUCUCAGAGCAAGAAUGGAAAAGAAACCGAGUGGUAGAUUUACCUUUCUUAAAACACAAUAGGAAGACCCUCAAUAAUAAUAAGUAUAAAAUAACAGAGAUCGUAUCAAAAAUAAUUUAAGGGGUAUUGCAUUUAAAUAACAUGCAGGUUAGAUUUUGCACAUUUUAAAUAAGCCUCUACCUAUUACAAAGGAUCAAAUAGAAGAAUUGCAAGAUUUAGGCAAAAAAUUAGACAUAGAAAUAAAUUCAAUUGAUUCUGAAUUCAUCUGUCCCAAUACUAAAGAAUUUCAUGAGAAUUAUGACAUGUUAGAAGUAUUGGGAGAAGGCUGUUUAGGAUUGGUUAAAAAGAUUAUUCAUAAGACGACUUAAAAUCUAUAUGCCGUGAAGAUUGUUUAGACUCAGGAUGAUGAAAUAAUUAGAAAUGUAACAGUAGAUUAAACUUUUAGAUGAUCAUUGAGUUUAAAAGACUAAUUAAGUUGUCACAUGAAAACAUUGUUAAAGUGCAUAAAUUAUAUGUUGAUUUUGAUAAUAGCUUUCAAUCUGAAAGUAAAGCUUAUGUAGUAAUGGAACUGAUUGAAGGAUAGGAAAUGUUUGAAGUUUUAAAUUCUUUGGGCCAUUAUUGUGAAGAAGAUGCUAAAGAAAUCUUUAAAUAGUUGUUAAGUGCAAUUGAAUAUAUGCAUAGAAAUGGUAUUUGUCAUAGAGAUCUUAAACCAAACAAUAUUCUUUGUGUAAAUAGUACUAAUCAUUUUGUUAUUAGAUAAAAAGUAAAUCAAAGUGACAGACUUUAAUGUUAGCAAAUUCAGUGAUUCAUAUAAGGAAUUUGGAGAUUUAAAAGACAGAGAGAAAAUUGAAAUGUGGACAUAUACUGGGACAGUGGCAUUUUCUGCUCCUGAAAUCUUCACAGGAGAAGGAUAUAAGUAAAUAGCUCAUUGAUAAACUAUUAGUUAGAUGGUUGAUAUGUGGAGUGCAGGUUGCAUAUUAUAUUCCAUGUUAUCUGGAUAAUUGCCAUUCAAUGCUGAUUAGUACAUAUUGAUAUAUCAUAUUAGUCUAAAUGACUUAAUAGAUAACAUAAAAGAGGCUAAGAUAACUUUCCCUGUUGAGUUAUUUGAAGGAGUUUCAGAUGAAGCCAGAGAUCUCAUUACCCAAUUACUGUAAAAAGAUUGGGCUUAGAGACCUCAUCCUGAUACAGCUUUGAAACAUGGAUGGUUUAGUGAAGAUUAAAAGCUAUUAGAAAGUCAGAGGAGUCUUUUGAAAAGAUUAAAUCAUAGAAAGAAUGAUCCCAGAUUAAUUCUGAAAUAGAGACACAAUAAACGAUAAUAAUCAAUUUUGUUAGGUUCAUAAUAAUUGAUAAUCAAUCUACAUUCUAUGGAAUUGCAACCAGAAGCUCGCUUAUAAGAAACUUAACAAUUAAUAUCGAAUAUGUGUUCUAUGAGGUUGGAAUCAUGUCCAAAAAAAAGUCAAUUCAGUUUCACUACUUAUAAGGUACCUGAAAAUGAACUCAGUAUCUAUUAAUAUUUACCGCCACCAUCACCAGAUAAAGAAAAUGAAAUUGAAAAAGUAGGAUUUUUUGAAUCUGAAAUGAUGGAUCCACUUAUGCAAAGUUCAGGUAGAUUGUUUGGAGAUGAAAAAAUGAAAAAUCUCAAAGAUAAUUCUGAUUAAGCUUGUUGAUAUUAUAA